CCGAUGAUGUGAUCCCAAGGGUAAGCAGCUCCAAGCUGAUCCCUGGCACAACAAUGGGCUUGCACCUAGUAUAUCUCCAGCUGUCAUCGAAAAGAAUACACUCGUCUUGGUCUCGGUUGCAAGUCACUUAGUCGGUCACGUGAAUACCAGAAUAGUCACCACCAUGUCGGUUUUCUUCAAAGACGUGUCAGAAAAUAACCCUGUCAAGCCAGGCGAUGUCGAGGCUCUGCUCGCACCCUAUGGCUUGACUAUCCCGUCUUCAGAGUCGGCAGACUACACUCUACUCCUAGCCGGCGUCCACGAGGUUGCGGAACGUAUCUCUGCUCUGCCAGACUACCAGCCCGUCCCUGACACCAAGCGCUUCCCGCGCCAGGAUGUUCGCCGGCCAGACGCCAAGGAGCAGGAGUUCGGCGUCGCAUGGGCACAUCGGUUUCUGAUCCAGGGCGACCGGUCCGCACAGUCUGCCGUCAAAGCCAAAACCGUCUGUCUGAAGGACUGCAUCGCCGUCGCCGGCGUCCCACAACUCUUUGGGUCCGAUGCACUGCCACCGUGGACGCCGAGCACUGAUGCGACGGUAGUGACGAGGCUUCUCGAGGCCGGCGCAGACAUGCUUGGUACAUCAACUUGCGAGCAUUUUUGUAACUCGACGGCUUCGUUCACUUCUGCGCAGGGUACCAUCCACAACCCACAUGCGGUUGGCUACUCAGCCGGUGGGAGCACAUCGGGCGGUGCGGCACUUGUUGCGGGUGGGAGCGUCGACAUUUGCAUCGGCACUGACCAGGGUGGAAGUAUCCGUGUGCCCUCGGCGCUGUGUGGUUGUGUGGGGCUCAAGCCCACGCAUGGCCUUGUUCCCUUCACGGGUUUCUCGACUGGUGAUGCCAUCGAUGACCAUGCAGGCCCUAUUGCGAGGUCGGUGGAGGAUGUUGCUGCCUGUCUGGACGUAAUCGCUGGAUAUGAUGAGAUUGAUGAUCGGUCCCUGGGUGCUGGGCGUCCUGGAUCGUACAACUUCCUCGAGUCAUUGAGAAGUACAACAUCAUCAGAUAAACCCCUUAUUGGCGUCAGGGUAGGUCUGGUGAAGGAGGGCUUCGAAUGCAGUGUUAUGCGACCUGAGAUUGCUGCAAUGGUCUCGGCCGCUGCUCACAAGCUCGAACAGCUUGGAGCAAGCGUUGAACAAGUUUCUAUUCCUCUGCAUCUCGAAGGUCCGUCCAUUUGGACGAUCCAGCAACGGAUAGCGGGGUCCCUGGCUGUGAUGGGCAAAGCAACCGGCCGCAGAGGCUUGGGUCUCACCGAGUUUGAACAAGCAAGACUGCCGUGGACCGACGACAACUUCCAAAGGAUGUUUCAUUCGACCAAGAACACCGUCAUCAACGGCAUGUACCUCGCCGACAAGUUCCCUGGCUUAUACGGCAAGGUAGUCAACAUCGGUCGGCAGAUUCGAGACGCAUACCAAGAUGUGCUUUCCAAGUACGACGUUCUGGUGAUGCCAACCACGCCUUUUGUGGCUCCAAGGCACGGCACCAGAGACUCGGUCCUCAAAUCUUUCGAGCCCACAAUAGGGCUGACGAGUAACACGGCUGUAUUCAACGUCACCGGUCACCCGGCUUUGACAAUCCCAGUUGGAGUUUUGCCAGCAGUCGAUAACGCGACCGUGAAGUUGCCAGUUGGCAUGCAGAUUGUUUCCGGGCUUUGGGAAGAGAACAAGGUGCUCAAGGUUGGGCGAGCUUGGGAGAAGGCGUUCGGGAAGGGCGAUACGGGGCUGCCCGAAUUCAAAGAAACCCAGGCAGCCAGCGAUUCGUGAGAUUCAUCAGGACAGCCAUGUUGAAGUGAAAAGAGACAAAGUAAUAGCAUAGCGAUGUUACAUUUCUUUCGUGUGAUCUAGGUUAUAUAAUAGAGA